AUGUCGUUCCGAAUCGAGAAGCAGCCGGCGAGGAACUUUGCCUUCGCCACCCCCGGAGAGUCCUAUCUCAUUCUCGCGUCGAGCGCCUCUCUGCGCAAGCACCUAACGGACAGCUACUGGUGCGAGGCGAUGGAGCAGGUGUGCGCCGGCAAGCUCGAGGGCAUCGUGGUACGCUACACUGGUGAGAACCUUGUAAUGGUUCAGUUCCGCCCCACCAACCUCUCUCCCGCCGGCUACCGCUAUCCCCUCUUUAUGUCCAUCCCGAUUGAGUUUCUGGUGCCGCUGGCGGAGAGCACCUUCAAUAUCCCGCCGACAUCUGAUCUGCAGGGCAGCUUCGGCACGGCAACGACAAGCAGCCUUCACUCCAGAUCCAGCAGCGAAGGCCGUUCCCCGUCAAACGGAACGACAAUGCCGAAGUUGUGUGUGGUGUGCGGCCGCUUCAACGUUCCCGGCAUGAUUCACCGCCCGCACGGUUGGAAAUGUAAGGAGUGCAAGGGAAAGAAGUCUGAUAAUCGUCUCCGGCAGGAGGCGCAGAAGCUACGAAAGCGCAUGAAGGCACACGCAUAG